AUGUCAUCCUUUGCUUCAAAGUUGAGCAAUAUCAAUGAAACCCAGGACUCAAUCAACUACCUAUCUGGGUAUAUGCUACAAAAUGAGCCGUCGUCGCAGUCAUUCAUCGAUAUAUGGAGAUCUCAGGUGUUUAAUGCACCACCAUCUACCAAGCUCUUACUACUAUAUCUUUGCAACGAUGUCAUCCAAAAAGCCAAGCGUCAUCACAAGCAAAAGUACAUAACAGACUACUUUGGACCUCUAUUGGAAGUCAUAAACCCUAUAUAUCACAGUGUUGACUCGACUAUAAAGAAAAAAAUUGAGAGGCUAAUCUCAGUUUGGCAGGACAGGUUGGUCUUUGAUGCCGAUGGGAUAAGAAAGUUGAAGGAGCGUAUAGCACAACCUCCACAGAAGCCAGCUGCUGCUUCGUCCCCGGCAAUAGUGGCUGAAUUACAAGCUAUUAACAAUCUAUACCAGCGAAUCAAUGAUUUGACAGAUAUAUCGCAAGGUAAUCUCACUCAAUUGGGUAUACAAUCCAAAACCUAUUUAAACUUGGGAGCAGAUACCUUACCCGAAACUCAAGUGCAUCUCAACAAACUCAAAAUGUUGGAAAAGCUUAGCAAUGUAUCGAUAAAGAACAUAGAAACCAUCAAGUUCACACGGGAGCAGAUCAGAUCUCAUUUGGAAACAAUGCUUCAGUCUAUAGAGAGUGGGCUUCAAACAGACGACAGCAAGAUUGCCGUUGUCAACGACAAGUUAAACAAGAUUGAUGAAACGAGGCGUGCAUUGCAAGGAGUCGUUGAUGAAUCAGAUGAUGAAGAAUUACCCAAAUACGAGGAAGACGACUCUGAUGAUGAGCCAGAGUCAAAAAAGAGAAAAGCGUCGCCUAUUCCAUCGGGAGGCUCAACGCCGAAAAAGGUUGCGUUUGCUACAGACAUUCAAGUGAAUGAAUAUGAAAACAAACCAAAGGGAGAAGACGAAUCAGAAGAGGAUACAAAAGAAAAAGAGCAUACACCAAGCGCUGAGGUUAUGGAUAUACUACUGAAAUUAACAUAG